AUGACUCAUCCCUUCCAGGUUCCACACAAGAAUAUUCAGAGAGGGGACCUUAUCAUUGGACUGAUUACUUCUCAGUUUAACUGCAUAUUUGAUGAAAUAUAUUUCCAUGAAUACCCCAAAAUGAAGUUUUUCGGUGAACUUAUUGUUAUGCCAAAGAAUUACCAGCAUGCCUUAUCCUUUCUAUUUGCUGUGAAGGAGAUAAAUCAGAACCCUACGAUUUUACCAAAUACCAGCCUAGGUUUUCACAUCUAUGACAGUUAUUUCAAUUCAAGGACAACAUUUCAGAAUACACUAAACCUUCUUUCCAGUUGGGAAAGGAUUGUCCCCAACUUCAAGUGUGACAAGCAAAAGAAUAUGAUGACUGUCAUUGGAGGCCUUGACUCUGAGAUCUCACUCCAAAUGGCUACUGUCUUAGACCUCUACAAGAUCCCACAGAUUGCCUAUUGUGUAUUUUCUCCAGUGAUGAGUGUUGAAACCCAGCUCCCCUCCUUCUACCGAAUAAUGCCCAGGGAAGAAUUUCAAUACGUAGGGUUUGUUCAACUUCUUUUGCAAUUCCAGUGGACAUGGGUUGGAAUCAUCACAGGAGAAGAUGAUGAAGGAGAAAAGUUUUUACGGAUCCUAAAUCAAAUGUUCUCCCAAUAUAGGAUUUGUACAGCCCUUAUUGCAAAAAUACCAAACCUGUCCUACAAUUUAGACUUGUUGGGAUUUUUGAGACAUACAAAAAUUGCAUCCAUUUCACUAACCACCUCCAAAGUCAAAGUAUUUGUUCUGAACGCUAACCUUCAAACUGUAGCAUGUUUGAAGUGGCUGAUAUACAUUUAUACCAUGUUGGAAGACAUAACACAGACAUCUAUGGGCAAGGUGUGGAUUAUGACAGCACACUGGGAUUUCUCAUCACAGACAUUUCACAGGGAUUUUGAUAUUCACAUCUUUCAUGGUGCUUUGUCUUUUGCAGUUCCCUCAAAUGAAGUGCUGGGCUUUACAAAAUUUCUUCAGAGUUUAAACCCCAAGCUCCCCAAAGGAGAUGGUUUUAUCAGGGACUUCUGGGAACAGGCAUUCAACUGCUUAUUUUCUUAUUCAAAUGAGGACAUGGGGAGUAUUUACACUUGCACUGGUCAUGAGAAGCUGGACAGCCUUCCUGGGACUCUGUUUGAAAUGGGCAUGACUGGCCAAAGCUACAGCGUAUACAGUGCAGUCCAUGUCAUCGCACAUACUUUGCAUAAGAUGUACACAUCCAGGCCAAAACACAGAGGAAUUGUUGAAGGAGGUAGACAGGAACCUCCAAGUCUGCAACCAUGGCAGCUUCACUUUUUCCUGAGGAGCAUCUCAUUUAACAACACUGCUGGGAACACGGUGUAUUUUGAUGAAAAUGGUGAAUUAACAACUGGAUAUGAUAUUGUCAACUGGAUUACUUUCUCAAACCAAUCCUUCUCAAGAGUCAAAGUAGGCAGGAUGGAUCCACAGGCUUUACCAGGCAGCGAGGUGAUAGUUGACAAGGAAGCUAUCACAUGGCAUAGGAUGUUUAAUCAGGUGCUUCCUCUCGCUUUGUGUAAUGACUACUGCUCUCCAGGUAACAGCAAAAAAAGGAAGGAGGGGGAGCCAUUUUGUUGCUAUGAUUGUGUUCCAUGUCCAGAUGGAAAGAUUUCUGAUCAAAAGGACAUGAACGAUUGUUUCAAAUGCCCAGAAGAUCAGUAUCCAGACAAGAACCAAGAUCAAUGCAUUCCCAAGAUUGUAAACUUCCUCUCUUUCUCAGAAACUUUGGGGAUAACUAUAGUUUGCUUGGCUCUUUUUCUUUCUCUGAUUACAGCUUUGGUGCUAGGAACUUUCAUCAGGAACCAGAACACACCCAUUGUCAAAGCCAACAAUCGGGAGCUCAGCUAUUCUCUGCUCAUCUCCCUGUUGCUGUGCUUCCUUUGUUCCUUAUUAUUCAUUGGCUGGCCUCAGACAAUGACCUGCUGUUUACGACAAACUGCUUUUGGCAUCAUCUUCUCAGUGGCUGUUUCUUGCAUAAUGGCAAAAACCAUCACUGUGAUUCUGGCUUUCAUGGCCACCAAGCCAGGGACAAGGAUGAAGAAAUGGGUAGGGAAAAGACUGGCAUCUUCUCUUAUCCUUGGUUGCUCCCUUAUUCAAGCCAGCAUUUGUGCUAUGUGGCUAUGUAUUGCUCCUCCAUUUCCAGAUGUGGACAUGCACUCUCUGGCUGAAGAAAUCAUAGUGGGAUGCAAUGAAGGAUCAGUCACUAUGUUUUACUGUGUCCUGGGAUACUUAGGAUUGCUGGCUGCUGUUAGCUUCACUGUGGCUUUCCUAGCCAGGAAACUGCCAGGUAGUUUCAAUGAAGCCAAGUUCAUCACUUUCAGCAUGUUGCUGUUUUGCAGUGUUUGGUUAUCCUUUGUACCAUCUUACCUGAGCACUAAGGGGAAAUAUAUGGUGGCUGUGGAGAUUUUCUCCAUUUUGGUCUCUAGUGCUGGGCUACUAGGUUUUAACUUUUUCUCCAAAUGCUACAUAAUUAUUUUGAGGCCUGGGCUGAAUAGCAAGGACCAAUUAAUUAGGAGAGCGUAG